UAACUUUCGCAGGUUCAACUUUAAAUCAUCAUCUUAAACCCUUUCACCUUUCACCUUUUCACCUUUUUUAUGUUCUCACCUUUUCAUCUAUUUCUCUCUCCUCUCUACCCAAUCUCGAGUUCGACAGAUUAAUUUAUUCCUUUAUUCAUUGACACACCUAAUUAUUCGCCACAAUGAGUGAUCCUCGCGACCACGAUCAGCCUGAGUCGGACGAAGAGGAUUUUAAUCCUGCGCCUGCCGACCUCAGCGAUGACGAGAAUCAGCAAUCAAGACAGCAGCCUAAUAAAUCUUCGCCCCCGCGUAAUGGGGCUAAUGACGACGAGGAUGAUGAUGCUGAGGGAGAUGUAGCCGGAGAUGAUGAUGAAGAGGAGGAGGAAGAUGACGAAGAGGAUGAUGUCCAGGGUCAUCGUCGCAAACGCCGCCGCGACAGACGAAACGCGUUUUUCGAUAUCGAAGCCGAAGUUGACGACGAAGACGAAGGUGAAGAUGAUGAAGAAGCCGCCGAAGAGAAUGAGGGAUUCAUUGAAAACGAGGAACCUGGCGACUUCGGCGAACAGAGCCGACUAGACGACGAUAGGCGACACCGAGAACUCGAUCGACAGCGCGACGCGAUCACCCAAGAAGAUCUCGAACGAGCGGCCGAAGGAUAUGUACGCAAAUAUGGAAAUCGUCGAGCGGCACGUGGCAUGGGCGAAUCCUCUAUCGUACCCCAGAGAUUGCUUCUCCCCAGUGUUGAUGAUCCAAGUAUCUGGGGUGUACGAUGCAAAGAAGGCAAGGAACGUGAAGUUGUCCAAGCCAUUUGCAAGAGGAUUGGUGAACGCGCAAACACGAAAGAUCAAUUGGCGAUUACCGGUGCAUUCGAGCGAGCUGGUCCCAAUUCCAUUAUGAAGGGACUUAUCUACGUUGAAGCUCCCAGACAGAGCGACGUCUUACUCGCCCUCGAGAAUAUCAUGAAUGUUUACCCGCGCAGCAAGUUAGUCUUGGUCGAUAUUAAGGAACGACCGGAUUUGAUGAGGGUUCAAAAAGUACCUACUCUUGAACCUGGUGCCUGGGUGCGACUUCGAAGACCUGCUAAGCAUUCUGGUGAUCUUGCGCAAGUUCUCGAUAUUACCGAGAACGGCCUCGAUGCUAGGGUUCGCUUCAUUCCUCGACUUGAUUACGGAUUACGAGAUGAAUCGUUCACAAGCCCGGCCGAUAAAAAGCGAAAGCGACCAAUUGUCGGACCUCGACCCCCUCAAAGAUUGUUUAGCGAGACCGAGGCCAGGAAGCGACACCCACGUACGCUUCAAUACAGUAGCCAGGCUAAUACCUGGAAUUAUAACGGUGACGAGUUCGAAAAGGGAUUCCAAGUCAAGGAUAUCAAGAUUCAACACUUGAUUGUCACUGACGUGAACCCGACAUUAGAAGAAGUGACUAAAUUCGCCAACGGAGGCGAAGAUGGCGUUGAGAAUAUCGAUCUCAAGUCACUCGCAGCUAGUCUUAAGGAUAGUAAUGCGAACGUCACAUACCUACCUGGCGAUGUGGUAGAAGUCUACGAUGGCGAACAAAAGGGUGUAGUCGGAAAGGCUACAAAUGUUCAAGCAGAUAUCGUCACCAUUGCAGUUACCGAAGGCGACCUAGCCGGACAGACCAUCGAAGUUCCGACAAAGGGUCUUCGUAAACGAUUCCGAACUGGCGACCACGUCAAGGUUAUUGGAGGUAGUCGAUAUCGUGACGAGGUCGGCAUGGUCGUCAACAUUGUUGAAGAUCGUGUCACUCUUCUUACUGACCAAACGACAACCGAGAUCACCGUAUUUAGCAAAGAUCUUAGAGAGGCUAGCGAUAUUGGUGGACAAGGAUCACUCGGUCAAUACUCAUUACUUGAUCUCGUUCAGCUUGACCCUAUGACGGUUGGCUGUAUUGUCAAGGUUGAUCGAGAGACACUUGUUGUACUCGAUCAGAAUGGUGAUACUAGACAGGUUAUGCCUUCACAGAUCGCUAACAAGCUCCCAAAACGAAAGCUCGCCGUGGCUGCCGAUCGUAACGGAUCCGAAAUUCGACCCGACGAUGUUGUCAAGGAGCACGGCGGUAUGGGUCGACAAGGCAAGAUCAUUCACAUCCACCGCACCUAUGUAUUCUGCCACACGCAUUCCACCAACGAGAAUGCUGGUAUUUUUGUGUGCAAGGUCAACAACGUAUCUACGAUCUCAGCGAAAGGUGGACGUGUCAACGCAGGUCAUUCUGGUCCCGAUCUGGCGGCUAUGAACCCUGCAAGAAAGAUGAAUGCGGGUGGCGACAGAGACAGGAGUAGCAUGCCACCUCCCAAGGCUACAUUUGGUCGAGACAAGCUAAUCGGACAAACCGUCACGAUAAGAAAGGGUGGUUGGAAGGGUUCACUCGGUCGUGUCAAGGAUACUACCGAUACGCACGCUCGUGUUGAAAUGCAUAGUAAAGGAAAGAUCAUCAGCAUCCCGAAGACUGAUGUUACAGUUCGUGACAGCAUUACUGGGCGAGAAAUCAAGAAUUACGACAGCCGACGCCCUAACCAAGGUGGAUUUGGGGGAAGGCCUCAAGGAAACCCGGAUUGGAGUGGAAGCCGUACACCAGUGGGCGGAGCUUCAUCACGAACUCCUGCUUGGAAGACCCCAUCCACGGGUGGAAGUGGUGGACGCACUCCUGCGUGGAGCAAGGGUGGUGAUGGUGGUCGGACACCUGCGUGGGCUGAUGGGUCCCGUACAGUCAAUCCUUACGAUGGAAGCAGAACUUCUUAUGGCUCUGGUAACCGUACACCAGCGUGGUCCUCGGGUGCGAAGACACCAGCACCUGAUCAUUUCAGUCACGGAUCCAAGACGCCCGCUUAUGGUGGUAGUGGUAGUGGUGAUAACUGGGGAUCCAAGACGCCCUAUGGUGCCUCAGCGGCUACACCGGGUGCUAGUGGAGGUGAUACAUGGGGAUAUACACCUGGCGCUAGUGGAUCAUCAAAUGCCUACGAUGCCCCAACUCCCGGUGCUGGGCUGCUAGGUGCCCCCACUCCCGGGGCUUUGAAUGCCCCGACACCUGGUGCCUACAAUGCGCCUACACCUGGCGCCAUGAAUGCUCCCACUCCCGGAGCAGGUUGGCAAGGAGGAUGGGGAGCCGACUCAGCCCCCACACCUGCGGCGGCGGCCCCUACACCAGCAGCAAGCGGAUUCGCAUCGAACAGCGGAUAUUAUGGAGCGCCUACCCCUGGUGCAUACAGCGCAGAGACACCCGCUGCCGGUCCCCGAUACACUGAUGAUGAUUGAGCGAUUUAGAUAAUUAGAAAAAUGGUAUCACAGAAGAAAAGGCAUGGCACAGCACGGGAUGGGGAGUGACAUGGAGUUUUGUAUUAUUUACACUUACCUUCGGGGUUCGGCCGUACCAUGUAGCAUAGGAUGGUUUUCAUA